AUGACAAGUUUAUGUAUGUGUAUUUCUAUGAGCGGUACUGUAGCACUAUGUUGCUUUUUUGCGCCAAAAGUAUAUAUUGCUGUAUGUCAGCCAUACAAAAAUGUUCGCAUGCGACAAAGCGCUGUUGGUCAUUUGGUUAAUCAACAAAUGAGGUUUAUGAGUCAAAUAGCCACCACGGAAGUACCAAAUAGCAUUCUUUCCACAUCUGUGGUUGAUUGCUCGUCCUACCCGCAUUUUGUAUCCUGUAGCAUUGUUGAGGCAGAAAAGAAUUCUAUAACUUCGAGUCAGAUAAGCCAGCAAUACGGUACCAUAGCUCCGGUAAUACUGAUGAAAUCACAUCCCAAAUGCAAUGCAAACAGCGAUGACAAUGAUAUCAUCCGUAGAAACAGUAACUCCAACGAUCACCAAAAUUCAUCACUUAUCAAAACAACAGCAUUUCUGCAUCACUCUUCUAACAAUAUGCUGCAUUCCAAUGAUAAACUUCCCAAAGAAACUAUUAUGUACCAAAAUGACACUGAAUUAUUUUUUGAGCAACUUUUUGUUAAUUGUGAUGUUACCUCUCUUUGA